CGCCUCGGGCGGCCCCGCUCUCUUCCAGCCGCCGCUCCGACGCCUCCCGAGGAGAAGCGGAAGCGGCGGCGGGCGGGGAUCGGCCGCGGGUCGGGUGCAUUUCUGUGUAGCACUUGAUUAGCUACUAUGAGCUUGCUACACAGUGAUAGCAGUUGUGGAGCCCGAGACGUGGAAAGCGGCUGCUGUGCAGCCAUGGCCAGUGCCUGCAGCGCUGGAGCCAAAGAAGACGGCACAAGUGUCAGCAGUGGGACUGGAAACCCUCCAAGUUCUUUCACAGAAGAAACACAAGGAUAUGAUGUGGAGUUUGAUCCGCCCUUGGAAAGUAAAUAUGAAUGUCCAAUCUGUUUGAUGGCUCUUCGGGAGGCUGUGCAGACACCGUGCGGACACCGUUUCUGCAAAGGCUGCAUUGUCAAAUCAAUAAGAGAUGCAGGUCACAAAUGUCCAGUAGACAACGAAAUUCUGCUUGAAAAUCAACUUUUUCCUGACAACUUUGCUAAACGGGAGAUCCUUUCAUUGAUGGUGAAGUGUCCCAACAAGGGCUGCAGUAUGAAGAUGGAGCUGAGGCACUUAGAGGAACACCAGUUACAGUGUGAAUUUUCCACUGUGGAAUGUCCACAGUGCCAAGGAACCUUCCAGAAGAACCACUUGAAAGAGCACAUGACCCAGGAGUGUCCGAGGCGUCAAGUGUGUUGCCCAAACUGUGCCACAUCUAUGGCCUACGAAGAUAAAGAGCUUCAUGACCAAACCUGCCCACUUGCCAACGUGUUUUGUGAAUAUUGCAACACAGUGCUAAUCAGAGAGCAGAUGCCUAACCAUUACAACAAUGAUUGUCCUACUGCCCCAGUGCCAUGUUUUUAUAGUGCCUUUGGAUGUCCUGAAAAGAUGCAAAGGAAUGAACUGGCACGACAUAUGCAGGAGUUCACUCAGGUUCACAUGAGAAUGAUGGCGCAGAGUUUUCAAAAUAUCAGUGUCACUGCUACAAAUCCUGUACCCUUCAUCAAUGGCCUACCCUUUGAGCCUGCCCUCUUCUCACAUGUGUCACGUGCCACAUAUGAUUGUAAUCCAGAAGUUGAAAACUUCAAAGAAACUAUUCAGCAGUUGGAAGGUCGUCUGGUAAGACAAGAUCACCAAAUCAGGGAACUCAUUGCUAAAAUGGAGACUCAGAACACUCACAUGGCAGAACUCAAACGUACUAUCCGAAGUUUGGAGGGAAAGAUCACUGAAAUGGAGGCCCAGCAAUGUAACGGUAUUUAUAUCUGGAAGAUUGAGAACUUCAGCGGACUUCAGAAAGCCCAGGAAGAAGAGAGACCUGUUGUCAUGCACAGUCCUGGCUUCUAUACUGGAAAGCCUGGGUACAAGCUGUGUUUGCGCCUGCAUAUCCAGUUACCGAAUGCUCAGCGCUGUGCUAAUUUUAUAUCUCUGUUUGUCCACACUAUGCAAGGAGAAUAUGACAGCCAUCUGCCAUGGCCUUUCCAGGGCACGAUACGACUUUCUAUUUUGGAUCAAUCAGAAGGCCCAGAAAGGCAGAAUCAUGAAGAAGUAAUGGAAGCCAAACCAGAGUUACUGGCCUUCCAGAGACCGACAGUUCACCGCAAUCCAAAAGGUUUUGGUUAUGUGACUUUCAUGCACCUUCAAAAUUUGAAACAAAGAACCUUCAUAAAGGAUGAUACACUUCUGGUGCGCUGUGAAGUUCUAACGCGUCUAGAUUUGAAGAGUGUCCGCAGAGAAGGAUUUCAGACUCGCAGUACAGAUGGACCUCUGUAGCCUGUAAGUCUUAUCCAGAGGAAUGGAGCCACUAGUUAUGUUCUUCCACCACAAGAGUGCUUCAUUGUAAAUAUAGGCUGCGUUUGUAAAAGAUCAUAGUUACCAACAUAGUUGAUCUUCACCUGAAUGGAACUUUCUUGUUGCUGGUUUAUUUUUUUCUGUAUGAGGUCAUGUAUUUAAAUAUUUGGUAUGGUUCUCUAUUAAAAUAAUAAGCUACUUUUGUAGCAAGCUAACUAAAUGAAGUGUUGUUAACCAAAACUUAACUGCCUAAAGGAAAAUCCUGUUGCAGAACCUGUACGUCUCUGGUAAAAUGUAAGUCAUGUUGAGAAGUCCUGUAAGUCUUUUCACCUCAGUGCCUCAGAUACUGUAACAGGGAAAUAGCUAAAUUAAUAAAGAUGAGGAAUUUUUUUGUUUGUUUUUUACAGAGCUUGGGAAAGUUGAGACAGUUUCUAUAUUGACUUAUCUAGAAUUUUGCAUUGGUUAUGCUUUUCUUGAAAUCUGAAGUCAAGACUUCGCUUAUGUCACCUAGGGUUCAGGUAUGCUUUGGCCCUUCCUUUCUUUGGAGUUGGCUUCAGGAAGUGGCAUGUUGAUGUACAGUUGAAGUUAGUAUUUCCAAAAGACAUGUGGUAUUGUUGUGGAGAAGGCUAAACAACUAUGAGCUGAGUUCACUGAAGAAAUGUUUGUAAUAUGGUCUGAAAGUACCUCCCUAAUUCUCUUUACUUGAAUAAAUCUUUCUGUAAGUGUGUGCUCUAGGCCCAGAGUGUCAAUUACAAUUGACAAGAGAUAUAAAAGUUUAGCAUUUGAAUGAAAUACCUUUGUGCUGAGGUACCCCCUAUGCUGAACAUUUUUCAGCUUAUGAGUGGAUACAUGAGCAAGGGGAUGUACUAACUAGAUAGGGUGAUACAGGAUGCGUUUUACUGUUGUUGAAACCCGAAUUUGUACCAAAGCUGAACUUGUGACCUGCAUGUAUUCGAGCGAUCUCUUGGUGUUGUGCGUGACAUAUGACCUAUGUCACCUCCUAUGAAUUCUCAGUGGGCAGCUGGCCAUAUCAACAUCCAACUGUUGUGUGUAUUUCCUGUCCCUUUAAACAAUAGAAACUGGGCCACUCUCAGCAAUUUGGAGAAGAAGGAAAACCUGCUAGUUCAACAGUGUGAGGAAAAAUUGCAGUCCUGUUUGCUCUUAGGAAGAAAAUCUGACUUCCAUAGUUACUCAUUUAUCAAACACUAGAUUCACUAUGUCAGGGAUUCAUGAGCUUCCUAAUAUUGCGUGUAUUAUUAUUUUCUGUACUGACUGUAUGCCACAUAAAUGUUGGUUUUGACCAGUCAAAGCUGAGUAGUUCAAUUUCACUGGUGCUAAAAAUUUUAACUUAUCAUGGUGCUGAUAAAGUUCUGAAUCUUGUCUUUAAAGGAGGGAAGAAAAAAGUUUUGUCCACCCCAUAACCUAAACAGAUAUUCUGAUACAGAAGAAAGAAUUAAAUGAUACGUAAGCAUAUGUGUAUUAUUUAUCCAUGCUAGUGAAGUAACCUAAAGACUGCCACUUAAAAAAUAGUAAAGAGUAUUCCAACUAUUUGGCCUCAUCAAAGCGGUACCAUGAGUAUCGUCAGUGGGGAAAGGGCACAUGCUUAAUACAUACAUAUACAUACAUGAGUAAAGAAAGACUACUGUAGUAUAUUGAUUUGGGAGGAUACUCUGCCUGACUGCAUGAGAUGUAAAAGUUCCUGGACCCAAGCUACCACAUUCAUCAUAUCCAGAUGAGUAAAACUUCUUCUGGAGAUAGAACCUCUUAGAUGAGGGGUUGUGUUCAAUGGAGUGUUGUCACUGCUGAAACAUGAACUUCCUGGCUAAUGGUAAAUGCAGUUGGUCAUUGAGAACUUCAUUGUAUUCUCUGUGAUUAGGGAAGGGGUGAGCAUAUAUUAAAAUAGGAAAAGAUCCUUGCUUUAAAACUGUGGGCUUAAGCUUCUUAAGUAGUCUUGAUGAUGAAUAGCCUCAUCCUAUUAGCUUUCUUGUUUCAGUGUCUUCAGUUAGAGAAUGUCCAGUUAAACCAUUCUUAACCAAGAGCUGUUAAUGUACAUAGCAGUGCACAGACCCACUGUAUACAGAAGGUGCUGUACACUAGUUCUCCAUUUUCAAGCUAUGUUAGUUAUACUUAUUUUUUUCAAGAUGCUCAAAAACUGCCAUUGUCUCCUUUUUUCCCCCCUUUCUCUUUUUUUCAGGGGGUGGGGUGGCAGUCAGAAGAAACUCUUGUAAUUAGAGAGCUUCUUCCUGCCCCAGGUCCUUUAUCAGCCCUAGUGGUAAUAAUAAAAAUGUCCUUGCUCUGUGUUCACAUUGGUUAUAGCCAAGAUCCAGUAAGUGCAUUAACACUUCCUUUGCUUUUGAAUAUUUGCAUUCUGAAUGGAAUUUUUACUUUGAACCAUAUCUGCAAGAUCGGAUGUACUUUGCCUCUGAGGAGGAAACUCAGUUUGGUGGCAGAGUUUUAAGUGAUUCAGGUUAAUACAAUAGCACAAGCCAAUAGGGAAUAGAAGGCUACUGCAUGUAUAGGACUGCAUUGGCCACAGUAAUAUGAAUGCUUUAUUCACUGCUGCUAUUCUACUGGUUUUGUAUUUUUAUAUUACCCACUAGAACUCUUGAGAGAUGUCAAAUUACUGUAAUGACAGAGUUUUACAUGCGAGACUUUCAGUGCUAAUUUGCUAAGUAUCGGUUAGAUCUUAUUGUCAUAAAAACACCUUGUAAAUGUUAAUGAAAUAUUUAUUCAUAAUAUUCAUGUACUUGCUCCAUUUUCCUCUUUCCCCUUUCUCCAAAUCUCUUCUUUUGAGAACUUGUUUUACCACGGUAGAUUGAGGUAUAAUUGCUAGAACUGUUUAAAUGGAAGCAGAAAGGUAUGCAGCAUUGAGAGUUGUCUCUAAAACAAAGCCGAAGAAGAAUGGGAAUUUAACCCAUUUCCUGUGUAAUUCAUUCAGCAAUGGAGUUCUUUAGUUUUGUAACUCAAAGCUUUGCAGCAUCACUGGAUCUCGAGGUGAUUUAAAAAGUGGCUUAGCUUCUUUUCCAAAUUUCUGUUGUCUUUGAUGUGUCCUAAGUCACCGACUUAAUAUGUGUAUUUGCAAAGCUGCUAUGGCACAAAUUUACCAGUGAUAAUAUAUUACAAAUAUGUUACCUUUUGCCUCUAAAUGUCUUCACCUGCAGGGCAGGGAAAAUUAUUUUACUAAAAAUAAUGUGUGAUGUAUAUGUGGGAGCUCAGAUAAUGUGAGAUGUAUAGACUUGUUUUUUAAGUGGUCUCAUGAUAUGUCUGGUCAUGUUUGCUAUCAAUGAAUUAAACUUGCUGAUGAAAUCAGAGAUGGUGACAGAAUAAAUACAUUUAUGAUGGAUUUUAAAGAUUAUUCUGGGUUCAAUGUUAAAGGUUUAUAUUGGUUUGUGUUUGAACAAAAGGAAAGUACUUCUAUUCCCUUUGAUGUAUUGAUCGAUAAUUUAAUAUAUUUUGUAAUAGUGCACAGCAAUAUUUCUGACAGAACUUUAAAAAAUAAACUAAGUAAACUGUGCA